AUGUUUGAUGAUGAUGUUAUAUGUUAUAGUGUACUAUUAGAACUAUCUAAACUACCAUCAGAGUGGCAUAAAUCUCAAUUUUUCCAAUCAAAUUCAAAAUGUAAUUUGGUGGCGGUAAAGACUGAUUUAGAAUUAAAACUGUUCGAUGAAUUUCAAGGUAUUGAAAUCACAGUAAGUGACUUAGCAAUUCAAUUUGGAAGAAAUUAUAAAGGACAAUUAGCUGCUGUUGUUUUAUUUGCCGUUGCUAAUGAACAUGGAAAUGUAUUAAGAGAUGGAUGGAAAUAUAUUUUAGAAAUUAUAAAGAAUCUUUUUGUAAAUUCAUUAUUACCAAGUUCAAUGAUACAAGUGGAGGAUUUUUUGGCCGGUACAACAACAAUUCCGCUUAAACCAAAAACCACCAAUACAUUUCCAAAGCAAGAAAGACGUGACAAUUCUUUAUUAUCGGCAUUAUCAUCUUAUUUAUUAUCACCAUAUUCAAGUAAUUACGAAUCUUCAAGAAGUGCACCUACAGAAGAAGAAAUAGAAUGUACCAUGUGUACAGUUGACUGUGUUAAAGCAUGUCACUUGGAUGACAUAUUUGCUGAUAUAAGGUUUGCACUUAAAUUUAUUGCAGAUGGAAAUACAACAACAAAAACCAGUAAUAAUAAUAAUACCACCACUACUAAAUUAUCUUAUCCACCAACACCUCAUACCACAUACUCACAACGACAGUCACCGAAAAGCAAAUCUCAAAAUAAUAGUAUUCUGUUAGUUGAGAGAACAGUUGUUGCAUUGCUUAGAUUGUGUAUUCGUCUGACACAUAAAGAUGAAAUGGUAUUUGAUAUCUUGCUAGCAUUAGAACUAUUAGCGACAUUACCACAUGACGUAAUAAAUUCUGUUGGUGAACAAAUGAUGGCAGGAAUAUUAAAUAUCAUUAAAUCAGAUCCAUCAUGUAUCAAAGGCAAAAGGCCAUGGGAAUCAGUAUUCAAAUUACUUAGAGCAACAUCAACACAUCCGCAAGCAUCUAAAUAUUCAUUUGACGUCAUUACAUUUUUGAUUAAAGAAAAGAAAAGUAUCAAUCUUGAUAAUUUUAAUGAUUGUGUAGAACUUUUGGCAGAAUUUGCUUCAGCUGCUACAUUUCCAAUAGACCAACAAGAUCAACAGUUUACUGAAUUAUCAAAUCCAAAGAAUUUAAGAGCUAACCUUACCAAAACCCAAUCAGCUAUUAUAGAUAGAGCAAAAGAAGCAGUUGUAUUGAUGAAUAUGUUGUAUAUGGAAAUACCAAACUUACUAAGUGAAACUGGGAAAUCUCCAAGAGAAGCAUGGUCAAAUUAUUGGUUACCAAUAUUAACUGGAUUUAGUCAACAAUGUUAUAGUCCAUGUCUUGAAGUUAGACAAAAUGCGAUAUCAUGUUUGCAACGAUCGCUUUUAAAUCCACAACUUGUAUCACAUGGUGGUACAGAAUGGGUAUUGGUAUUUGAUCUUGUGCUGUUCCCAUUGUUGGAUCAACUAUUAAAACCAGAAAUCUAUCAAGCCGAUCCAGUUGGUAUUGACGAGUCUAGAAUAAGAGCAUCGGCUCUAUUAUGUAAAAUAUUUUUACAUUAUUUGAAUAGAUUGAUUGAAUGGGGUGGAUUGAUUACAUUGUGGUCUCAAGUUUUAGAUGUAAUGGAGAAAUAUAUGUUUACAGGCGAUAAUGAUUCAUUGAGAGAAGCAGUUCCCGAAUCAUUAAAGAAUAUGUUAUUGGUAAUGUUAACUUCUGGUGUUUUGAUUCCUCCAGGAUCAUCGUCAUUAAAAAAUGGAAAUAAUAAGCUUAAUGAAAAAGCAUCAAUUGAGAUAUGGGAAAUUACAUGGAUAAAAAUUAAUAAAUUUUUACCAAAUCUUAAAAUAGAAUUAAAUUUAAAUUAG